GUCAGUUGUCAGGUUGUCGGUUGUCGUCACUUGUUUACAUUUUCCGGCAUUUUGAAUUUUGCUACAUUUCCUUGCUUGAUCUAUCUUCCAAUCUGCUUGCUGAAAAAUAUUUGUUUGGUCUCUGCUUUUGAGUUUGGACUGUUUGGCUGUGGCAGUUUUGAGUGUUUUUGAAAAGAAUUGGAUAGAUUUAAGAUCAUGGAUAUAACACUCAACCAAUUGAGAGGCCGUCUCAGGGAGAUCAAUUCGAGAUUUGAUGCAGAAGGUGAAAAUGGCAGAGACAGAAGUCUGGAUCGUGGCAGGGAGCCACGCUGCAUGAGGCCAUCUCCUAACAGGGUGUAUGUAGCCAACAUUCCUUACGAAUUUCGUUGGCAAGAUCUGAAGGAUCUUUUUCGCACUAAUGUCGGUGAGGUGGCUUUCGUCGAGAUGUUCGUAGAUGACAGAGAUAACCCGAAAGGCAGCGGAAUAGUCGAGUUCACGGACUUUCUCUCUGUGGGCAAAUGUCUGACGGCUAUGCGCGGAUACGAAGUGAAAUGUGGGCAAAGUAGUCGCCAGUUGGUUGUAAGAUCAGACGAAGGCAACGUACGGGACAAACAUGGUAAUAUCAUCAGAGGAAAUGACAAAGGUGGUAACAACAUGAACAGGAAGAUGGACAGGAACAUCAAUAAUGAUUUCUCCAUGAAUAAUAUUGCACCUUUGUUGCCGAGAGAUGAUAUAAAUUGGGGUAACACUUAUGGUUUGAGUCCUCAGUUUCUCCAGUCUCUGAACAUCGAGCCUCCUCUAACUACUAGAGUUUUCGUUGCAAAUCUCGAGUAUAACGUAAACGAGAAAAAAAUCAGAGAAAUAUUCCGGCUAGCCGGCAAAAUCGUCGACCUUGAAUUGUCCUAUGACAAAGAAGGCAAAAGCCGCGGUUUCGGCAUCGUCGAGUUCGAUCAUCCGGUCGAGGCGGUCCAAGCCGUCUCCAUGCUCCAUGGUCAGCAUCUGUACGAUCGCAAGAUGAGUGUCAAACUCGACAGAGCCAAUGAGCAUCUCAAGUUGCCUGACGGCCUCAGGGCCGUCGGCAUGGGAUUGGGGGCCAAUGGGGAGCCCUUGAGGAACGUUUCUCUCAAUUUGUCAAGCAACAGUAGUGCCGCGACUGAAAGCGGCGGGGGGAUUUUGGAGAAUCUGGAGAGCGAUCCUUUGGAAUUGGCUAGCGCACUUUCAGGCUUGAGUAAGCUGACCGCCCUGACCAACAAGACGUCCAGCCUGCCCGCCCUGAGCCGCAGUCUGUUGGGCGGCAGCCUGUCCGACAUCACGUCGCUCGCCUCUCUGGUGGGGCAGACCUCAGCGCCGCCCCCGCGCCCCUUCGUGGCUCCCACGGCGCCGGCGGCCGACCGCCUUCGGGCGUUUUCGGAGGCGCACGACAAUGCGCGACGCCUGUUCGGCAGAGGCGUGGGCGGGGGGCCGUCGAUGGCGGGGGGGAGCGACAGGUCGAGGUUCUCCAAUGCCGGGCACUGAUUCGAUUCGGCUGGCAGAUGAUAUUACCUGGACGAAUCAAGAUGAGGUGGAAGAGUUUAUGACAUUUAAUCAUUUAAUCAUUUCUUGU